AUGGCUCUAGGUUCAUCUGUGAAUGAUAAAAAUGGUGAUUUAAAAUCAAAUGACCCCACCGAAUUAGUGAAAAAACUUUCAAAGGAAGAGGACAAUAAAGCAGAUGAUGAGAAAGAUAAUGAACAGACUGCCCUGCAGAAUGGACAUUUUGAAAACGAAAAUAAACUUGCCAAAGAUGAAGAAGAAAAGGAAAAAGAUGAAGCCGAAGAUAAUAAAACCAAAGAUGACGUAGUCUACUUGCAGGAUGUCGGAUUUUCUGUUAAAAUUAUGAGUCCUGGGGCUGAUCCUUUCGAUAUUCAGGUAUCGAGCAUGGAACUAGUUCAAGAGAUUCACCAACUGCUCAUGGAUCGCGAAGACACCUGUCACAGAACGUGCUUCUCUCUCCAACUGAAGGGCAACACCUUGGACAACUUCGCAGAGUUCAAAAACAUCGAGGGCCUGCAAGAAGGAUCCGUCAUAAAAGUGGUGGAGGAGCCUUACACGAUGCGCGAGGCUCGAAUCCACGUGCGGCACAUCAGAGACCUUCUCAAGUCGUUGGACCCCAGCGAUGCUUACAACGGGCUGGAAUGCAGUUCACUGAGUUUUUUGAAUACCGUUACUCAGGGCGACAUUUUAGAGAAAAAGAAGAUGAGGCCGGAAAGCGUGGAUUGUACGCCUCCCGAUUACAUAAUGCCCGACAGCAAGGAGAGGCCGCUGACUGCUCUGCAGCCGCAAAUGAAAGAUCAGAAAAUGCCUCAGUGCGUCAAAGUGCUAACCACUUCUGCCUGGAACCCUCCUCCUGGUCACCGGAAAAUCCACGGGGACCUGAUGUAUUUGUAUGUCGUAACGUUGGAGGACAAACACUAUCACAUAUCGGCUUGUUCACGUGGGUUCUAUAUAAACCAGUCAGCUGCCGAAGAAUUCAACCCAAAGCCAGCAUCUCCUAGUCACUUGUGCCAUUCGUUGAUAGAACUUCUCAACCAGAUAUCACCUCAGUUCAAAAGAAACUUCGCUUUGUUGCAAAAGAAGCGGAGCCAGCGCCAUCCAUUCGAAAGGGUGGCUACUCCCUACCAACUCUAUGCUUGGACCGCCCCUACCAUGGAGCACACUUUGGAUGCCAUCAGAGCGGAAGACACUUUCUCCUCAAAGCUGGGGUAUGAGGAGCACAUCCCCGGUCAGACCAGAGACUGGAACGAGGAGCUUCAAACUACUCGCGAGCUGCCCAGAAAAACGCUGCCCGAGCGGCUGUUGCGCGAGCGCGCCAUCUUCAAGGUGCACAGCGACUUCGUGGCUGCCGCGACGAGGGGCGCGAUGGCCGUCAUCGACGGCAACGUGAUGGCUAUCAACCCCGGCGAGGAGGCUAAAAUGCAGAUGUUCAUCUGGAACAACAUUUUCUUCUCGCUGGGGUUCGACGUCAGGGACCAUUACAAGGAAUUGGGCGGGGAUGCGGCCGCUUUCGUCGCUCCGCGAAACGAUUUACAAGGUGUGAGAGUUUAUAGUGCAGUUGAUCUGCCAGGUCUGUAUACUCUUGGCACCGUUGUGAUCGAUUAUAGGGGAUACAGGGUGACUGCACAAUCAAUUAUUCCGGGAAUAUUGGAACGCGAACAAGAGCAGUCGGUGGUGUAUGGAUCCAUAGAUUUUGGAAAAACUGUAUUGACGCAUCCAAAAUAUUUGGAUUUGUUGAAUAAAGCUGGCCAACAAUUGAAAAUUUUACCACAUCAUGUAAUAAAUGAUAAGGGAGAAUCAAUCGAAUUGUGUUCCAGUGUUGAAUGCAAAGGCAUCAUCGGUAAUGAUGGGAGAUAUUACAUUCUGGAUUUAAUUCGUACUUUCCCUCCUGAUGUCAAUUUUCUAUCACUGGAAGAAGAUUUGAGUAGGGAGGUGAAACUGUUGGGCUUCCCUAUCGAGCACAAGCACAAACUGUGCUGUCUGAGACAGGAAUUGAUUGACGGCUUCGUCGAUUCCCGAUACAUGAUGUUCAUCAAGUAUGCAGCCUAUCACCUGCAGCAGCUGAACUUACGAAAGACCGAAGAGAAAAAGAAGGCGGCCGAAAAUCUGCCGGCCAUAGACGAAAACAAGAAUGACGAUAAUAAAGAAGCGGAAGAGAACAGCAAAGAUAUCCAGCCGGAGAACGAGAAUAAGGACAAGAGCAAGAGUCAGAUUGAGGAUGCUGAGGCUAAAAAAAUUGUCGAGAGUAUCACGGAUGGAAGCAAACUGGAACUAGAAGAGAGCACGAAGAAUAUCGUGAAGACGGCUUCGAUGGCCGUGGGCUCUUUGAAGGACACCGAGUUCGACAUCAGGUUCAACCCUGACGUCUACUCGCCGGGACUGAAACAUUGCGAAAAUUCCGAUCCGCCGAUUGCCAAACAACGCCAGCUGGUCAAGGACGCUGCCGAGUUUUUGCUGACAGUGCAAAUUCCAACAUUCAUUCGGGAUUGUUUGGAUCACUCUUCGGCCCCCAUGGAUGGCGUGACUCUGUCAGAAGCGAUGCAUAACAGGGGUAUCAAUAUCAGGUAUCUCGGAAAAGUUACGAAUUUGUUGGCCAAAGUGAAGCAGCUAGAAUACCUCCAUAGUAUUGCUGUUUCGGAAUUGCUGAUGCGUUCUGCUAAGCAUAUUUUUACUGUUUAUUUACAGGGCUGUGAAAUGAUGAAUUUGUCUGUAGCUGUUUCACACUUUUUGAAUUGUUUGUUGUAUUCUGGAACAAUUUCUAAUCCCUUGCAAGGACAGGACGAGAGUAAAAACAAUAAAAAAAGGAACAAAAGGCGAGGUAGGAUGAACCCGUUCGCAUGCAAUGACAACAACGAGUGGGCUAAUCUGACAGCGAAAUCUCUGUGGAACCAACUGAAAUCAGAGCUGAAAUCUUACUUCGACUAUGAACUGCAAUCCAGUGACGUAGACUCGACUCUUGAAACGUAUUUUCUGCAAAAAAUCUCCCUCCUACGAUCUUUCUGCUUGAAAACUGGUAUCCAAAUCCUAUUGAGAGACUACAACUUCGAUUCGAAAAACAAACUGAUCUUCUACGAGGAGGACAUCUUGUGCAUCUUCCCCAUCGUGAAGCACAUCAAUCCGCGAGCGACGGACGCCUACAACUUCUACACGACCGGCCAGAACAAGAUCCAGCAGGGCUACCUCAAGGACGGAUACGAGCUGAUCAGCGAGGCGCUCAACCUGCUCAACAACGUGUACGGCGCCAUGCAUCCGGAGAUUGCGCAGUGCCUCAGGAUGAUCGCCAGGUUGAAUUACAUUAUGGGGGAACAUGUAGAAGCAAUGGCCUACCAGCAGAAAGCUGUUUUGAUGUCAGAGAGAGUGAAUGGGAUAGAUCAUCCAUACACCAUAACCGAAUAUGCACAUUUGGCAUUAUACUGUUUUGCCAAUAGCCAAGUCAGUACCGCUUUGAAGUUACUAUACCGAGCAAGGUAUCUAGCAGUUCUUGUCUGUAGUGAAAACCACCCAGAAGUAGCUUUGCUUGAUAGUAAUAUAAGCUUGAUCCUCCAUGCGGUGGGCGAAUACGAUUUGUCGUUGAGGUUCCUCGAAAAAGCCCUAGCGCUAAACAUAAAAUACUAUGGCGGCAAAUCGCUCAAGGUCGCCGUCAGCUACCACCUCGUAUCGAGAACGCAAAGUUGCAUGGGCAACUUCAGGUCGGCGCUGAAUAACGAAAAGGAAGCUUACGCCAUCUACAAACAACAGCUGGGGGAAACGCACGAAAAAACGAAGGAAUCUUCGGAAUGCCUGAAGCACCUCACCCAACAGGCGGUUGUCCUUCAGAAGAAAAUGAAUGAGAUUUAUACUGGUAAAAAUGGGGCGUCGCUGCCGCCAAUCCAGAUCCAACCUCCAUCCAUGGUGUCUGUCUUGGACAUGCUCAAUGUUAUAAAUGGCAUCUUGUUCGUCCAGAUUAGCCAAGAGGACAUUGAAAAUUUCAAAGCUGAAAUCGAGAAGAAACAAAUCGAAGAAUCUGAGGCGUCGGUGGAGAAACCGCCCCCCGAAAUAACCAAUUUAUAG